UAAAAGCUCGAAAGUAGAUACAGAUCGUUCAUUACAAAAGGAUAAUAUUUUUGUGGCAAUAUUGACAGAUAUGAUUGACAAAAUUCAGAAUGGUGCUGAAAAUAUUGAUCUCAUUCGAGGAGAUCCGAAGACUUUAAUUAGAAAAUUACUAGAUGUACACGGUAUUAUGUAUCCAGAAACAGUUUUUCAAUUUUCAAUGAGUGAAGAAACACAAGCACGUAUUGAAAAUCAAGCACAAAGAGACAACGCAAGUGUCCGAUGUGCACUAAAGCAUAAGGAUAUUGAUCUUGUAGCAUAUUAUUUAAAAAAGUUACAAACUUUACUUGAAUAUACGCCGGCUCGACAGGCUUAUGAAGAUGCCCUGCAUUUUGUAAGCGAAAACAUUACGGAGUAUUGCGCAGACGUACAGAAAAACUUCAAUCGUUUGCUAGCUAGUCAAGAUGGAUUAAUAAAAGAAGAUGUUGAGGAAUACAAAAGUUCUGUUGAAUAUAUUCGACAAGUUCAAAAAUUGAAAGAACAUUUUGAAUCAAAUCUGUUGUCACCUGAAUCGUUGCUGCAAAAUAUACGUGUUGAGCUACAGGAAAUGAGUCAAGUUGUGACAGCAAAAGAUUUGUUCAGUCCUUUGGUAGGAGUUUAUUUCAAUAAUCUUUUUAGACUCAAACAUUCUUUUAAAGAACUUGAAGCAUUAUACAAUGAAAAUUGUAAACAUUUUGAAGAACUCUUUCAAAAUCUAGUACAAUCUGUGCGCAAACCUAUUUCCGAUAAUGAAUUCAACAAGGUAGCUGAGAUCAUUUUUGAAAUAUCUAAAUGUCUGCCGACUUUGAAUAAUCAUUUACAUGGAUUAGUCGAAGAAGAAUAUAAAAAUAUCGUUCAAUCGCUCGUGCAACACUUAAAUAGUUUCAUCGAAACAGUCGAACCUAUUUUAACGAGAGUUAGAUUAAGUGAAAGUGAUGUGAAAAUCAUUAAGGGUUGUGUGGAAAUACUGAAAUCAGCUAAACAUAAUUCGGUACUUCAAGAUAGUAUUUUUACAUACAUUGAAAUCUCAAAGAAAGACGAUAAAUCAGCAAAAAAUGUAAAAAGUACGAGUGAUAUUUACGAUACCUUGAUUGAAAAGAUAGUAAACUAUUUCAGUCAAAAAAAUAAUAGGAUUCUAGAGAUUCUUAAAGCAAGUGAAGAGUAUGCUCUAGAAAAUACAGAACCAUUAGUCAAUCAAAUAGAUAUGAUUCGAACUAUUCCAGAAAUAGAAUCAAAGACUGCUACUGUCUAUUAUUCUACAGUUGAUAAUAUACGUGGACACAUGUAUCAACUCCAACGAGAUGUAGAACAGUUACUUUUAUCUACCGAUCGUCAAUCAGAAACUCCGAAUUAUGGAAAAAUUGCUCGAUUAUUAUCACGUUUGAAAAAUGCCAACUGGACAAAUCGUGUUAGUCCAGGGUCACAUGAUCUUUUGAUAAAUCGUGUGACUGAAGAGCUACUGCAAUAUUUUUAUCAGUUAGAAGAUAGCUUGAUGAGAUUAGAUUUGAACUUCAAAUAUCCUGAAAACAUGUCUAAAGCAGUAGAAAUUUUUGAAAAGAUUGAACCUUUAAGUGUGCUAGAACGUACUGUGGCUCAAUUAAAAAAGUCUAAAGAUGAACUGAUUCAACGUUUUCUAGAAAGUAUGCAGAAAAAUUUGAAACGUAUACAAACUAAAUUUGAUUUAAAAGAUAUAACUCUAUGUCAAAUGAAACAAGAAUUGAAAGAAUUGGAACGACUAAAAGAAGAAUAUGAUAAUUUAGAUCCAGCUUGUAUUUAUUUACAAAAAUAUGAUUAUUCAGAUAUAAGUAAAUUGAAUAAUGAGAUUGAAAAUGAAGAAAAGAAACAAAAUGCAGAAAUCGAACAUGACUAUGAAGACAUAUUAGUGACGUAUGAUUCUGUUUCUUCUGAACGUAUAAAUUUACUGCAAGAGAAAGGACAACACAGUAUUGAAUCACUCGUUGAAAUUAUAAAAGAAAAGAAGAAAAGUAUUGCCGAACUUCAGCAGCAUAAGCAAUCCUAUAAUUUUAAUAAUAGAUUGGAUGCGUCGACAGCAAAUAUCGCAUUAUUAUACAUAAGUAAUUGUGAAAAAAUUCAUAAUACUUAUCUAAGAGAACUUGCAGUUGAAACUCAUGAAGUCUUAAACAAGUACAUUAGUGAAUAUGGUUCUUUUCUUAAUCAAAAAAUCGAAAAAUUGUUCAAAAAUUUAACUAAUACUGAUGUUCCAGAUGCUCCUUCUCAGUGUCCGCAAGAUUUAGAAACGCAUCUAGAAGAAUUAUCUUCUCUAAGUGACUUCGAGCAUGUUUUCGAAUGUAUAGAAGGACAGAGAAAACUAGACUAUUGGCAAGGACAAUUUAGUAGAAAACAUCGUACUAUGAGUGAUCUCAUGGAACAAUACAAAUAUUCUGGUAGAAAUACAGAAUUAACAGAACAAUUAAACAUAGCGCAAAGAUUGAUGAGAUCAGAUUACUUCUGUGGUGACAAGUUCCUUUUAGCGGAACUCACAUCUAUUAAAGAUUUCAUGGAUUCUGUUGAUGCUUUCGAAGCUGAACAAAGCAUGGAAAAUUUUAAUCACGUAUAUGACGAGUUAGUCAGUCAUUUUGACCUAGAAGAUGUUACUAAGGAAGUCAAUGAAGUGAGGCGGAGAUUAAAAAACUUACCUACCGAUAUUUCAAAAUAUGACUUUAAAAAUACUACAACAUAUGCCAGAAAAUCACCUAGAGAACUUUUAACUAAAUUAAAUAAGGCAGCUUUAGUUCGUGGUAUGAAAUAUGAUAAAGUUUCUCAGUCGAUAUCAGCCGAUAUUCGGGAUCAUUUUCAGACAGUUAUAAACAAUGCAUGCGAAGCUUCGAUCGAAAAACGUUCUGCAGCGAUUGCUCCAUUAAGACAUGCAUUACCUUUUCUACCAGAAGACUUAAAAAGUUUAUUUAAGCCAAAAAUUAAUGAAUAUACUGAGAAAUUCGCUGAAGAGGAAAAUGCAUAUAAACGUAAAUUCAAGGAAAAUGUCGGCACGUUAAGCGUUGAAAAAGUAGGCGAACUUGCUUUGCAAUGUGAAGAAGAGAAAAGAGAUGAACUUUUUGAAAUGUUGCAUACUGGGGUUAAAGAAAAGUUGGAGAACCAUUGGAGAAAUCUGCAAAAUGCAUUAAAUAAUGAAAAUAUGCAGGAUGCCUUAAAUAGUAUGAAGGAAAUCAUUACACAUAAAGAAUAUAUACGCAACAUUCCAGAUGUAGAUCGUUUUUACAGCAAUGGUUGUAUAUUAAUAAAUACAAGUGUUAUUGAUUAUACAGAAACUGUCAGUAGUAUGUUCCAAAUUGAGAAAAUUCAAAUGAUUGACCGAGCUGUUACUAAUAUAAUCCUAUACAUAGAGUUUGGCGAAAAGUUUCAUCUAAAAUUUCCCGAAUUAUUACCCGAAAAAGAUCAAAACCGGAGGUUAAUUAGUGACGAAACGACACGAUUUGAAACAACACGCGAUAAAUUUUUCAGUGCUCUUGCGAUGUCUUUCAAAAUAUUGAAAUCGAUUAGUUCAGAAUUUGGAGACAUUUUAUUAUCAACUACAGAUUUUCAAAGAUUAGAAACAGAACUCAAGCAAAAAGUCGAAGAUCUUAAGGAGAAACUUCUUUUUACUGCAUCAAAAAAUGAACUUUCAUCCUUGAACUCAGAUCAAUUUCGUAUCUAUUACAGUCAUCUUGUAUCAUUUGAUAAAUGUUUACGUGUUCCAGAGAUAAAAAUUCGAGAUAAUUUAGAAUUAGCAGAAGCAAAAAUUUUGGAAAAAGUAAUGUUGUUAUCCGAGGGCAUUGCAAGUUUAAGUUCUGAUGUUACAAAAGUAGCUGAAUUGCUCGAAAAAAUGAAAUUUUAUGCUGAAAAUAUCUCGAUGUUUGAUACGAAAAUCAAUGAAAGAAUAGAUGAAGUCUUAAAAUCGUACAAAACAAAACAUGGUUCUUCGAUUCUUUCACAACUAACAAUGAUAUUAGAGAGAAGUGAUGUAGGCUCUCGAUUAAUUUCUGAACAUUCGUGUUUAAGUGGUGAAAAUUGGAGAAAGCGACGUGAAAAAAUGCAAAAACAAGAUGAUCUUGAUUAUGUCAUGGGAGCACUAGAGGGAGAUGAUCUUGUUAAGGAUGUUCUAUGUUCGCGCUACAAAACAUUCAGACGAACGUACGAUGAUUUAGUAUCGAGAAGUUUAGGAUCGUUUAAUCUGAAGACUCAGACCGAACCUAAUUUAGAAGUAUUAAUUUCACAAACGAAGUUUCUUAUUGGAGAAGUAGUUCAAGAGACGAAUGUUAUUAUUUGGAAAUAUUCAUUCCGAGAUAAAAUUCCUGAAUUGUUAGCACAUAUUUUUGCUAUAUGGACUUUAAAAAAUACUCAACAUUAUAAUAACAGCCGUGGUAUUGAUGAAUCACGUGCUUAUCUAUUAAUGCCACACGUUGCACAAGUUAUUGCCAUUUUUCGUAUCCUUGGUAUUGAUUGUGGCGAGAAUAUAACAAUCAAAAAGCAUGGUAUAGUUGCUGCUAAAGUAAAAUCUAAUCAUUUGAUAAAUAAUUUAGUGCAGAUAGGAACAGGCGAAGGUAAAUCAGUGGUUCUGGCAAUUACUGCCUGUGUUUUUGCACUUGUUGGAGUUGAUGUUAAUUGUUCAUGCUAUAGUGAAUAUUUAAGUAUGCGAGAUAAGAAUGACUUUGCUUCAGUGUUUCGAGCACUUGGAAUCGAGGAACGUAUCGAAUAUGGUACUUUCAAUAAAUUAUGCGAAAACUUUUUGAAUGUAAAGUGUAAUAUACGAGAAAAAGUAUACGAUAUGAUCAUAAAUAAUAAGAAUAUCAUAGACGUAGUUCAAACGACAGGGCGCGUUCGUCCGAAAGUGUUGUUAAUUGAUGAAGUAGAUGUUUUCCUAAGUGAAAAAUAUUAUGGUGGAUUUUAUACACCUUCGGUAUAUUUAAAAGAUACCACAAUAAAGAUUUUGUUAGACACAUUAUGGGAAAAUAGAAAUUUACAUACAUUGGAAUUGAAUACUGUUAAAACUUCGUCAGCAUACCAUGCUUGUUCUUCUCGAUUUAGUAAUUGGCUUUUUCUUUUCGAUGAAGCCAUAAAUGAUAUGUUGGCUGCUUUAAAAUCAUUUCAAUCAUCAACAUAUCUUGUACAAAAUGAUAAAAUUGUUUAUGUUGAAGGUGAAUCCGUAGCAGAAAAUGUAGUUCGUGGUUAUGAUACGGUUUGGGCAUAUUAUUAUGAAAAUCAAAAAGGUUUUAUUAGUAAGGAAAGUUUAGAAACAAAUGUGGGUAUCAUCAUUAAUUGUGGGACAUUUUCUUAUGCUGAAAUACCUCAUGAAUUUGCUUAUAUUGCAGGAGUCACUGGUACUCUAAAAACACUUGCUAAGCCAGAAACGGAUAUCUUGAAAAAUGUUUAUGAGAUUCACAUGAAUACUUAUAUGCCAUCAGUUUUUGGAAAAAGUAAUCGUAAUUAUAAUUCUAAUAAUGAUGUAGAAGCGGUAAAAAAAUCAGAGUAUUUUAUGAGAAUUCGUGGAGAAAUUGAUACAAUGUGCAAUGCUAAACGUGCCAUUCUCGUAUUUUUUGAAUCGGAAGAAAAAUUAAUGGCAUUUUACAAUUCUGAAGAAUUAUCAUCUAUAAAACUCAAUAUACAAAUUAUUACUGAGAAAGUUUCUUCCAAAGAGAGAGAGCUAUCUAUUAAGCGUGCGGCAAGUGACGGUCGAGUUACCCUAUUGACUCGAACAUUUGGACGAGGAACUGAUUUCAUAUGUCAAAAUCAGCAACUGUUAGCUAAUGGUGGAGUUCAUGUACUUCAAACAUUUUUUUCUGAAGAACUAUCUGAAGAAUAUCAAAUAAUUGGAAGAGGAGCACGGCAAGGAGAUCGUGGUUCAUAUAGGAUGAUUUUGUUAGAUAGUGAUUUAGAAUGGGUACUUGGUACUGAUUGGGAGAAGAAAAUUCCCGAAAUAAAUGGUUCUACUCUUUAUGCAACUUUGGAUAAAGCUCGUAAUACACAUUAUGAAAGUAAAUGUGCUGGGAAAAAAGUUGGUAUAGAACAAUGCAAGUGUGAGCAUCAAGCUUCUAGAAAUUUUAUGAAUGCAUUGUCCGAAGGAAAAACAGAUAUUGUCAAAAUGUUUUUAACUAAACAAAAUUGUGGAGUGAACACAGUUUCAGGGAUUUCGCGUACACUCUUACUUAUGGAUGCAACAGGCUCUAUGUCAAGUUUAUUGUCUGCUGCCAAAGACACGGUCUGUACGAUGUUCGAACGCGCUUCUGCUGUUUUAGAGGAAAAAAGACUAUCAAAAAAUGCAUUUUCUAUGCAAUUUGCUGUAUAUCGAAACUAUAACUCUAAAGAAAGUAAGAUUUUAGAAGUUUCUUCCUGGGAGACGAAAGCUAAUCAUUUACGAGCAUUUAUGAACACGAUCGGUCCUGAAGGUGGACUAGGACGUGAAGCGAUUGAAAUCGGAUUAUGGCAUGCAGUUAACGAAAGUGGAAUGCGAGAAUCGAUUUCUCAAGUUAUUUUAAUAGGAGAUGCUGCAGCCAAUGCUAAGUCUGAGGUAGAUCAAAAGCGAGCACGUCUCGGUGAAGCCUACUGGAAGCAAACUAGAUUUGCUAUACCAACCUAUUAUGAAGACGAAUUACGAAAAUUGAAAAAAAAAAGAUUCCUGUUCAUACAACGAGUUCUAGAAGCACAAAUAAAUCACAAAAAAAAGAAAAACAAUUUGGUUAUGGAAUGUGAUAUUAUCGGAGAAUCUGCAGGAGUUGUCGAAGACGACUCGGAUGAUGAACCCGAUGAAGUUGAGCAUUAUCUUAACACAAAAAUUUCGUUUAUAAAAGAUGGUACAUGA